GCUCUAUUGGACAUCUGUGAUUUCCUCCCCUGAAGCCAGCCUUCCCCUAACUGUGCGUUUCACAUGUCCCUUCCUCCAUGAGGCCGCUGGCCCACCUCCUCUUGGAAGUCUGGACAGACUCUAGGUAUGCCAGGGACUUUUCUCGUGGAGCUCAGGAAUGACAAACCCUGGUAAACACACAGUCACGCACCCAUCCUGUGCUCAGGACAGACCUCACCCAGUUUAGGACACUGGGUUUCUUCAGACAGCACUGCAGACCUCCAAUACUAGUCUGUCCAGAACAGCAAGUGAGAGGAAAUGCAUCUGUAUUGUCACAGCUAAGUCAGCCACCUUACUGGUACAGAAAAGAAUAAGCAGGCCCAGAGAGGGAAGGGUCCCACCCGGGGCCCCCAGUGAGUCCCUCCUGGGGUGACAGGGGCCUCAGUGAGGAAUUCUACACCCUGGUCACAGUGCCCCUGGCAGGGAUGACAAGCCCAAAGAGGGAUGACACAGAGCAUCUGAGAGUAGAUCCAUGUGCUGGCAGAGCAGACAGAGGCCCGGCUGGUCCGCUCAUGUCCUCCCUGGCCAGACCUUAUCCUAACUUUCCCGAAACUGCUUUCGGAGCCCACUGCUCUGGGCCCCAGAGGAUGGGAGAGGAGAUCGGGGAAGGGCUUCUCCUGCCCUCCAGGAGCUGGGCCAGCCCUAAUCCUCGUCCUUGGACCAAGAGCAGCCCCCUCUCUGUUCCUCUGCUUAGGACAUGCUUCUCCUCCCUCUCUCCAUGUUGCUCCUGCUCACACAGUCCCAGAGUUCCCUGGGCGAAGAAAUGGAUGUCUAUUCUGAGAAAACACUCACCGAUCCCUGCACCCUGGUUGUGUGUGCCCCACCAGCGGAUAGCCUUCGUGGUCAUGAUGGACGAGAUGAGAGAGAAGGCCCCCGGGGGGAGAAGGGGGAUCAAGGGCCUCCAGGUAUGCCUGGUCCAGCUGGAAGAGAGGGCCCCUCAGGGAGGCAGGGGAGCAUGGGACCUCCAGGCACACCAGGCCCCAAAGGAGAACCUGGGCCUGAAGGAGGAGUGGGUGCCCCAGGCAUGCAGGGCUCCCCAGACCCCACAGGUCUCAAAGGAGAGAGAGGUGCCCCUGGACCUGCUGGGGCCAUCAGUCCACAGGGGCCUUCAGGAGCCAGGGGCCCCCCAGGACUGAAGAGAGACAGAGGUACUCCUGGAGAAAAAGGAGCAAAGGGGGAGACUUCAGUCCCAGAAGUUGCUACUCUGAGGCAGCGGAUGACAAACUUAGAGGGAGUAAUACAACGCCUCCGGAAUACAGUGUCUCAGUACAGGAAAGCGGUGCUCUUCCCUGAUGGCCUGGCUGUUGGAGAGAAGAUCUUCAAGACGUCAGGUGCUGUAAAAUCAUAUUCGGGUGCCCGGCAGGUCUGCAGAGAGGCUGAGGGACAGCUGCCCUCCCCACGGUCUGCAGCCGAGAAUGAGGCCGUGACACAGCUGAUCAGAGCCAGGAACAAGCAUGCUUACCUGAGCAUGAAUGACAUCUCCAGAGAGGGCAGGUUCACCUACCCCACGGGGCAGUCACUGGUCUAUUCCAUGCGCCCCGGGGAGCCCGACAAUAGGGCCAAAGACAAAGGCCCAGAGAACUGUCUUGAGAUCUAUUCUAAUGGCAACUGGAAUGACAUAGAAUGCACGGAGGAGCGCCUCGUGAUCUGUGAGUUCUGAGCCCCCGGGGAGGAAGGGGGCAAUGCGAGGGUUGUGUGCUGCCGACAUCCCAAUAAAAAGGUGACCCUCUGCUGCUCACAGCUUCCCCACUGAGCCACGGAAUGAGGCCACAAGGCAGGCCACUUAUGGAACUCCUUCCUCAGAAUAAAGUUCUGAACUGUCUUCACAUUGGAAGUCUUGACACAGAAAAGGGGGGACAGCCUACUUUUCCAGGGGCAAGGGCUAAAAGGAGGUCUCCAAGUCUCCCCUGUUAAAAAAUUCAGUGCCCCUACCUCACCAAAAUAGAUGUCUAGCCCUCCAUAUCCACCAACAAUCGGCCGCAUAUGACCCCACUGGUCACUGCCUCCUCCUUCCCUUUCCUCUCCUGGACAUCCACAGAGGGGAGCAGGUGCCUCAGGUCUGGCUCCUUUCUCUCCUUGCAUUCACUCUAGGCUUGGGCUCAUUCUCUCCCAUGGUUUCAAAUUCCUUCUAUUGAUGCCUCCCCCAGGUAGAGCCCUGUUUGGACCUCUUUCCAAACCCCAGACUCCUCUCACCAAGGCAACCUUGGAGGUCACAGUGGAGGGAAGCACCAGCUUCUCUGGCCAGAUUGAGUGGCCUUAAACCCAGUAGUCUCUCCUCACCCUUGACCUUGACUGCCCAGGAUCUCUUUCUUCCCACGACAAUGUGACUGUGGAUGGCUCAUCAGAAAAUGUACCGUGCACAAUUCUAAUCCCUUCUGACAUUUCAGGCAGAGUGGGUGUCCAACCAUGUUCAGAUUCUUCCCCCAACCUCUUCCUGCCUUGAAAUACAAGGGAUGUUCAUCUUCACUCUGCCUCAGGGAUAACCUAGUCAAAACCUUCUCUGUGUCUGGAAACCAAGACACAGAGAGGAAGGGAAUCUACACUUAGUAAGUUAGGAGAUGGUGUGCCUCUGGACCAGACCCAUGGUGUUUGUCAAGUCGAGUAAAAUUCAAGCUUUAUUCUCACCUAGAUAUCCAAGGACAAAGCUAGUGGCAAAAGCUGAGCUCUGCUAAAGCACAGAUAUAAGGUGCCCACUCCUGAGUUCAACAAAGACUUCCCUGUCUACACAUGCUCAGGAAGGCUCCUUGGGGGUGGACAAGAGAGGGGCCCCACCCCAUAAUAAGUGUGGACAUGCACCCAUAAGCCCCUGAGAAGGGAUGUAUCUUAGAAAACAGUUUCACACGUACCUGGGGGAGGGUCCAUGGACCAGUCAGUUGUGAAGAAAUUAACAUGAUAAUUAUCCAAAGUUAAGCAAAGACCCUGAAGGACCGUCCCGUAUAAGUUAAUUUAUGUCACAUCUUUACUGCUCUCCCCCUCAUCCGGGACUCCCACACUCCACCAUGGGUGUGUGUCUCUGCUUAGCUCUGGCUUACCGCACUCCUCCUCAUUAGAGAGGAUGCUCAUACCCUUUCUUUCUGGAGGCGUAUUUCUGCCUUGCUUCUGUCUUAAAUAAACAACCUGUUUCUCUGUGUGCCAUGCCAUACAUUGUGCUGUGUUUUUAAUAGUAAACUUUUUACCUAUUUACAGUUUUUGCCUCCUUGAAACAUUCUUGCUUUCAAAUGGGGGAAAGAGCCAGAGUCACUUUGCUUCUAGCCUUUAGUCCCUGGUGGUGUGUUGGCUAGGAUUCCUGGGGUUUCAUCCAGGGUACCCAGGUUCCAUCCAUGGGCAGGGAACUAAGAUAUCCCUUCAAGAGCGCUCACUGCUCUCCCUCCAAGAUCAGGAGGACUGGUGCUGCAACUCAGUCAUGAAAAAGGCCAUCUGACCCCAGAACUUACACUUUCGGCUUGUAAAUUUUUAGAUCAAUGGGCCUGUAUACUUAGUUGAUUAUACUGACAAUGUACUGCAAAGAAACAUUUAAAACGACAUCUGUAGUGCAGAAAUUGGAAUGAGGCCUGAAUGAAACACAAGCUCAUGGAAGAGGGUGGUGAAUACCCCUCGACCAGAGAGGAAACCAGCCACUCUUUCCUUUGAUUCCAGGAAUCAGAGGGACUGCCCUCUCUGGCCUUUUCUGAAUAGGACCCCCAAGCCCCACCCCUCUUCCCAACACCAUCAAGAUACUGAAAUAAGCAUUUCUAAGAUAAUGAAA